UUAGUGCCAAAUCUAAAUGUUAUGAAAGAUUGAAUAAUUGUACAGAAAUGGUAAAACCAUAUCUCGAAGAUAUUCGAUAUAUGUUUCCCACAAACCUGGAGGAUGUCGACCAAAUGUGUCGUGAAGAAAGAAAACUAUUAUUUCAAAAAUCAGUGGAGAAUUCAGUCGAUACGGUUCACGCCAUUUGCAGUUCUCAACACUACCAAAGAGAGUAUUUAUCAAACGCCGUAUGUUUUAAGCGAAUAUCAAUUGAUAAUUGCGGACAAUAUUAUAAGCAACUCGUGGCACAUGUGUCUAAUCCCAGAGCUCAUGACGACCAUAUUUGUUGUUCAUACGGCAAAUUCAAGAAUUGCGUUAACGAUCCAUUACUUCGGGAAUGUGGUCGAAGAGCCAGAGGUUUAAUGGAUCAUUCGAUGGGAUUUUUAGUGUCUCGAUGUCCACAAACCAAUUUUGUAAUAAAUCGGUGUCCAAAUCCAAUGCCCACCACAACUGUUACCUAUGAGAUAACUGAAGAGUCAUUUAAUCAACAAAACGAUUUGUCUGACAACAGAGCUCGCGCUGACCGUUCAUUUGAUACGGAAAUGGCCGAAGAAUCGACAAUAAGUUGGACUCCGUAUACAAUUGCCUAUACAUUACCCCCUGAAUCGGAAAGUCAAACGUCAGGCAGUUUUUCACUACAAUAA